CGGGAUCGAGGCGCAAUCGAGCAGCGCGCGUGUCGCCGAGGCCAGUACUUUUACGUUGCGGUGGUGGCAGCAGCGCGACAUAACCUAGCCGCCCUCGCCGUUAGCUCCGUCAUCGUUGCGGUUUACGUGGCCCUUUAUCGCGGAUUGGAAGCGCAUCGCGGAGCCGAUACCGCACGCGGAACGCCGACGGAACUCGCGAAUCUCGCGCGCGAGAUCACGUUCAACUAUCUAACGCGCGUGUUCGUAUCGUGAUGGCCGAGCGCGAAACGUCGAGCAUCGUGCAUGUUGGUCACCGUCCGGCCGCGAGGUCCGUCUAGUUCCGCGGGCCCACACGGAACAUCGUAAGUGAAAAAAAUCCGACGUAGUUCCCCGUAGUGUUGCGUCGGGCGCAGCGGACGUUCGGAUCGCGAGCGCAAGGGAGUGUCGUCGCCGUCGCCGUGCCGUGCGUGUCGUCGGGUGUGUAUUUACACGGUGCGCAAUUCCGUGCUCCGUUAGAUCGCGCGAGACAGAGAAACGAGGAUAGAAAGAGACGUGUCUAGAUCGAGCGAGCGAGCGAGAAAGAAAGAGGGAGAGAGAAACGAGCGAGCGUACCGAACAUCGCGCGAGCGUCGAAAGUAACGAGUCAUCUACCGAUCCAAGAUGGCAGAAGGCCAGCAGGAGGGUGGUCCGAAAAAGAUCACCGUCAACGUGAAAACCCCGAAAGAGAAGCAGAGCGUGGAGAUCGAGGAGAAUGCGACGAUAAAAGAAUUUAAGGAAGCGGUCUCCAAGAAGUUCAACGCACAGGCCGAUCAGCUGUGCCUGAUCUUCGCCGGCAAGAUCAUGAAGGACCACGAGACCCUCGGUACGCACAACAUCAAGGACGGCCUGGCGGUACACCUGGUAAUCAAGGCGCCGCGUACCGCCACCACACAGAGUCAGGAAUCUAAUCAGGCCUCCAGACCACAAGCUGAUGUCAACGCCAGUCCAUUUGGCCUGGGAAGCUUGGGUGGACUGAUGGGAUUAGAGUCCCUUGGCUUAGGAUCAGCCAACUUUAUAGACUUACAACAACGCAUGCAACGAGAAUUACUCUCGAAUCCAGAAACGAUGCGUCAAGUGCUCGAUAAUCCCCUAGUGCAGAGUCUGAUGAACGAUCCAGAGAAUAUGCGCAAUCUGGUAACCGCCAAUCCCCAAAUGCAGGAAUUGAUGCAACGUAAUCCGGAAAUCAGUCAUAUGUUGAAUAAUCCUGAACUUCUACGGCAAACGAUGGAGUUAGCACGUAAUCCAUCGAUGCUACAGGAACUGAUGCGUUCACACGAUCGAGCUUUGUCUAAUUUGGAAAGCAUACCCGGCGGUUACAGCGCUCUACGUCGCAUGUAUCGCGACAUUCAAGAACCAAUGUUAGCAGCAGCGACAAACGGUCGUAAUCCCUUCGCUGCUCUUGUGGAGAAUAGUUCCAAUCAGGAUUCACAGAAUCCACAGCAGGGUCAGGAGAAUAGGGAUCCGCUGCCGAAUCCAUGGAAUCAAAGUCAGAACGACAGCGGUACGGGACAACAGGGUCAAGGCAGAGGUUUGCUGGAUUCGCCAGGCAUGCAGAGUCUUACCGCGCAAAUGAUGGAAAAUCCACAAUUGAUGCGAAACAUGUUGAAUGCUCCGUAUACGAGAUCCAUGUUGGAAGCGAUGGCAGCCGAUCCAGCGAUGGCCAGCCGAGUGAUCGCGGCGAAUCCGUUCCUCCGUGGCAAUCCACAGAUGCAAGAGCAAAUGCGCGCUAUGAUGCCCGCCUUUAUACAACAGAUGCAGAAUCCGCAAAUACAAAGCGUCGUCACCAAUCCGGAUGCUCUCGCUGCCAUCAUGCAAAUUCAACGAGGUAUGGAGCAGCUGCGCACCAUCGCUCCCGAACUCGUGGAAAAUAUGGGUCUCACGGUUCCACCUGCAGCCACAACACCGAACACGACCAGCACAAAUUCCACUGUACCAACCAGUCAACCAUCGGACACAAAUCAACAGGACGCAUUUUCUCAAUUCAUGGCACGUAUGGUUUCUGCAAUGGCAUUAAAUCAAGGCGUAGAAGUUGAUGGUCAACCUGUACCUCCACCAGAAGAACGUUACAGAGCACAAUUAGAACAACUUACAGCCAUGGGUUUUCUUAAUAGAGAUGCUAAUUUACAAGCAUUAAUCGCCACAUUUGGAGAUAUAAACGCCGCUGUUGAGAGACUACUCUCCAAUGGACAAGUGUCUAUGAGCUAACCACCAAUCCGCAAUACUGUUAUUCCAAUAUUACCUUUAAUUUUAUCCUUAUUUACCUCUUGCGUAGAUGUACGUGAGAGAUAUUUGAGGUAACUGGCUGUCAAAAAUUAUCAACUUAUACCCUCUCUCCUUCUAUCCUUCGCCCCUUUCUUCUUAGUCUUGACGGAAUACACGCUACUCACUCGUUCAAUUUGCAGUUUUUCUUAUUUAGAUUCAGAUUCAGAUUUAUCUGUGUUUUAGGCGAUAGAUAAAGAAGUGUCGAUGGUAUGGUCAUCACUACUCGUUCCGUGAUUAUUUCACUUUUCUAAAUCUCUGUUCUUGGUUAUAAUCUAUGUAUUCUCUUCGAUGUGCUCUAAAUAUAGUCAAUUUCCUCUGUUCUAAUAUU